GAGGGUGCAGUGGGCUUAGCUCUGUUUCCACACACCUUGCGAAGCCAUGCUUAAAUUAUUUGUCGAUGAUCGUAAGCACUAACAUAAGCCUGCUUAUUCCAAAACUAAUACUACUAUUUAUAGCUUGAGUUUUUAUAGUCUAUAAAUAGUUUAAGCUAGUCCAUUGAUAUCAAGUCCUUUUACUAGCUAGCAAUGGCAGCCAGCAAAAGCAGUGACAGCCAAACCAACAAAAUUCCACUAGUAAUACUAAUGGUGCCAUUUCCGGCACAAGGCCAUGUAAACCAGCUUCUCCAACUCUCCACCACCAUCUCCGCCUCUCGCGAUAUCCCGAUUCACUUUGUCACGGCCGACACUCUCCUCCACCGAGCUAAGUCCCGCUUCGUGGGUGCACCCCUUACCAACAUCAACUUCCAUGCAUUUCCUGUCCCUCCUUUCCCCGCUGCACCAUCACAAAACCCUGGAAAUUUUUCCGGACUUUUUCAGCCAUCGGCUGAAGCUGCAAUGCACCUUCGCCAGCCGGUGGCUGAGCUCUUGGCAACAAUAUCUGUUACAACAGAUAAGCUUGUUGUCAUAUAUGACUUUCUUUCAUCUGUUACUGUACAAGAUUUUGUUUCGUUGCCAAACAUCAAGGGCUACUCUUUCCAGGGGGUUUCUGCGUUCAUGGUGUUUACCUUUUUUUGGGAAAUUUAUGGAAAACCAGACAUUAUUAAUGAAGCAACUGUGGAGUAUCUCCCUCCUAUUGAUACUUCUUUCCCUCCCGAGUUUGUGGAACAUAUUGGCAGAAACUUGAAGCUCUUGGGGCUCCAGACAGGGUUUCUUUAUGACGGGUGUAGAUUACUUGAAGGUAAAUACAUUGAUUUGAUAAACUCCAAGGAAAUGAUGGGUCCUGAGGUUAAACAAUGGGCGCUCGGGCCAUUCGAUCUUAUAGAUGACACCCCAAAAAAGGAACCAAAUGAACGUCAUACAUGCUUAAAGUGGCUUGAUGAACAGUCAGAAAAUUCUGUAAUGUAUGUUUCUUUUGGUACUUCAGUUUCCAUGUCAGAUGAACAAGUUGAAGAGCUGGCAAUUGGAUUAGAGAAAAGCGGGAAGAAGUUCAUUUGGGUAUUAAGAGUCGCUGAUAAGGAAGCUUUUGCUAGAGAAGAAGGCGCAGAGGGGGUCAAGUUGUCAAACAAUUACGAAGAGAGAGUGAAAGAGCAGGGAAUUAUUAUUAGAGAUUGGGCGCCUCAGGUUGAGAUUUUGGGACAUUCAUCAACCGGGGGUUUCUUGACUCACUGCGGAUGGAAUUCUUGCAUAGAGAGUUUGACGAUGGGGGUUCCUAUAGCCGCAUGGCCAAUGCACUGUGAUCAGCCUAGAAACAGCUUGCUAAUUACCAAGGGACUCAAAGCUGGUAUUAUGGUUCGGGACUGGGAGAGUGGGGAUGAACUAGUGACAUCUUCAACAUUGGAAAAUGCUGUUAAGAGAUUGAUGGCAUCAACCGAAGGAGAGCAGAUUAGGAAGAGGGCUGAGGAAGUUAGCGCUGACCUCCGGGGAUCGGUAGCUAAAGGCGGCAUUACUCGCACAGAGUUGGAAUCUUUUCUCACACAUGUAACAAGCCAGUAAAAAAAUUUCUAUCAUUCAAUAGAGAAAGUUUUCUACUGCCGGAUUCACGGUCAAGCAUUCCUCGAAGAGGUUUAUGAGGUCAUGGCCGAAUACCAGGAAUCUUAAAACCUGUGUGCUUCUGCUAAGUUUGUAUUGCAAUUAUUAAUUGUUAGAGUAUUAAACUAUGGGGAUAGAACUUGUCUCGAUUUUGCUUGUCUUAAGUGAUUUCAUAGGUGAAUUUGAUAAGUAAUGUCAUCAAUCCACAACAGCAGCAGUGCAAUACAUCUUCACAUUUAGAUUUUCUAUUA